CGUCCCGGCGCAUCCCGGAGCUCCCCGACUGCGCGUCCUCCCCACGCCGGGCGCUGCGCAGUCUGUCAGAAGGACAGAGUAAGGAGCCAGAAGGAGGAACCUGACACUUUCCAGCCGCUGAGGGGCCAAGGAAGAUGAGUCUAGGGAAUAAAGAUCUCUCGAAGGCACCCUUCAGGAGUUCAGUGGUCCUGAGACGUGGUGACUGUUGACGAGUUAGUACCUGAGGCCCAGAGAACCACAGUGACUUAUUCAAGGUUCAAAGUCAGGACAGUGCCCAGACUGGAGCUCGAGUCUUCUAGCCCCUUGAAGUGCUUGGCGAGGAUCACCACCUUCCUGGUCAAUGUCACUCCAGGGCCUGACGAUGAAGUGGACCUUGCUGGGCUGGCCCCUGUCUUGCCUCUUUGUGCUGCUGCCCUGGCCUCUGGCCACUCCAACAUCAAUAACUCCUUGGCUGUGUCCACCGGGCAAGGAACCUGAUCUGGACGCAGGGCAGGGCACGUUAUGCCGAACCUGCCCCCCAGGCACCUUCUCAGCCUUAUGGGACUCCUAUCCAUGCCAGCCUCAUUACCGCUGCAGCCUUCGAAGGAGGUUGGAGGCCCAGGCUGGCACAUCAACUCAUGAUACAGUGUGUGGAGACUGCCAGCCUGGAUGGUUUGGGUCUCGGGGAGUUCCUCAUGUUCCAUGUCAGCCAUGCUCCAAGGCACCUCCAAAUACUGGUGGCUGUGACGAAUCAGGGCGACGGACCCGGCGCGGUGUGGAGGUGGCAGCAGGUACCAGUAGCAACAGUGAGCCUCGGCAGUCUGGGAACGGCACUCGGGCAGGUGGCCCUGAGGAGACAGCUGCCCAGUAUGCCGUGAUCGCCAUCGUACCUGUCUUUUGCCUCAUGGGGCUUCUGGGGAUUCUGGUGUGCAACCUACUCAAGCGGAAGGGCUACCACUGCACGGCCCACAAGGAAGUUGGGCCCAGCCCUGGAGGAGGAGGCAGUGGGAUCAAUCCCGCCUAUAGGACAGAGGACGCCAACGAGGACACCAUUGGAGUCCUGGUGCGCCUGAUCACAGAGAAGAAAGAGAACGCAGCAGCCCUGGAGGAGUUGUUGAAAGACUAUCACAGCAAACAGCUGGUCCAGACAAGCCACAGGCCUGUACCUAGUGACCAUUUCUGCUCCUCCUCCUGCAGGCUGCUGCCAGCCUCCCCCAGCAUGCCGCACAUCUGUCCACAUCGCCAGCACCUCCACACUGUGCAGGGCCUGGCCUCACUCUCUGGCUCCUGCUGCUCCCGUUGUAGCCAGAAGAAGUGGCCAGAGGUGCUGCUGUCUCCUGAGGCAGCAGCUGCCAUCACUCCUGCUCCCACCCUCCUGUCCAACCCAUCUAGGGCUCCCAAAGCUAGUGCCAAGACAGGACGUCAGGGUGAGAUCACCAUCUUGUCUGUGGGCAGGUUCCGUGUGGCUCGCAUUCCUGAGCAGCGAACCAGUUUGUUGUCAUCUGAAGUGAAGACUAUCAUGGAGGCUGGGCCUUCAGGGGGUGAUCUUCCUGACUCCCCACAGCCCAGUCUUCCCGCUGAGCAGCGGGCACUGCUGGGAAGUGGUGGGAGCCAUACUAAAUGGUUGAAGCCUCCAGUAGAAAACAAGGCAGAGGAGAACCGCUAUGUGGUUCGGCUAAGUGAAAGCAGUUUGGUCAUCUGAUGGGCUGUCUAGAGUUAGACGUUCUGCCCUGCUCUGGGAGGUUCUGAAGGCUUUCUGCAGGAGAGAGAGCUGCAGCUGGGACCGAGGACCAAGAUGCAGAGGCCUAGCAGACAAAAAAGCAAAGACCAAGGCCUGGAGGUGGGUCUGCCCCACUGAGGAGGCAGCUCACCGUGCAGCAAGUGAGCAGGAGAUCAAGAGCCCAACCCACUCCUGCAGCUCUAGUCAAUUCCCUGCAGGGUGCCCUAACCUGUGCCUGUCCUGAACACAUCAUAGGAGCCUUCUGUCUUCUAGGAGUCUGGUUUGGCAGAGGAGUGGUGUCUGUACCUGGUCCCCAGCUUGUGCCUUGGGAACUAGUCACUCUUGCCAUGUCCUGGAUCCUGGACAUGCUUUCCCUCUCUUCUGGCAGGCCCUGUAAUGGGAAGGGGUAGCAAAGGGCCCUGUAUUGGUGGCAGAGUACCUAGGUUCCAGCUUUUCUAACUGUGAAGUGAAGGAAGGAGAGCUCAGUUCUGUUGGGGGAGCUUGACCUUGCUACCCUCCUAUUAGUAGCUUUCUCUGGCCUGUUUCUGCUGCUUCCUGGACCUUGCCCUUCAAGGCUCCCAUUGGACUAUUAUGGCAAUGCCUACAGAAGGGGCUUACUGCAUGUGCCUGCCCCUACCCUGCUUUUAAAGAAACUGAAAAAUUACCUGACUUGCACAAGGCUCUGGUGCAGAGCCUCAGGCCACCCUGCUGCCUUCGAACUCUGAAGCUGCCGGGAGAGGAAGAUGGCCGCCUAGAAAGUGCCUCUGGUCUGUGGUUUCCAUGCUCCUGUGGUAGUGUCUGCCUGAGUUUUUGGUAGCAGGGUAACUGCCAAUCCAGCCUUAG